UUUAUGUUGAACACCAACCGUCAAGUACAAGUGCCUUUGUUUAUUCGAUUUAAAGAGUUUUGUUUUUUUACCUAGUUGCUUUGAAUUAAAUUAUAAAAUAAACAACCAUGAAGAAACAAUCAUUUUCUUCGUCUCAACCACCUGCAAAGAAAGGAAAAUUCUCAAAAAAUGAUGAUGAUGAUGAUUUUCCUGGCUCGUUUGAAGCCGAACUAGCCACAAUGGAUAUAGAUGAAGAUUUUGGUGAUGUAACUCAAAUAAUUGAUGAAGAGGGUCCAGAACAACAAAAUACAUCAGCUAAAUGGUGCCGGCCACCACCUCCAGAUUUCGAUCCAGAAAAAGAUAAAUUGGUAUUUCAACAAAUAGACGUUGAUCAUUACAUAGGUAAACAGUUACCAGGAAUGCCUGGAAGUACGGAUGGAUCUGUACCAAUAAUCCGUAUGUUCGGUGUAACAAUGGAGGGAAAUUCAGUCUGUUGUCAUGUUCAUGGUUUUUGUCCGUAUCUUUACGUUUCUGCACCACCAAAUUUUCCUGAAAAUAAAUGUGCAGCUUUCAGAGAAGCUUUAGAUACAUGUGUACGAAAAGACAUGCGUUCUAAUUCAGAGAAAAUAAGUGUAGCUGUACUUGCCGUUGAAUUAGUUUAUAAAAUAAACAUGUACGGAUAUUCUGGUGAAAACACAUCACCAUUUCUAAAAAUAACAGUUGCCUUACCUCGUCUGGUUGCUGCUUGCAAGAGACUUUUGGAAAGAGAAGUUGUUUUUCCAGAAUUUCAUCAUCAAUACAAAGCUUUUGAAAGUAAUAUUGAUUUCGACAUAAGAUUUAUGGUUGAUACUGGAGUUGUUGGUUGUUCUUGGAUUGAAUUACCAGCAGGAACUUGGAAAUUACGAGGUAAAGGUGAUGACAAUAUAUCUCCCAUAAGUCGAUGUCAAUUAGAGGUUGAUAUUGCUUGGGAUACUUUUAUAUCUCAUGCACCGGAAGGUGAAUGGUCUAAAGUAGCACCGUUUCGAAUUUUAAGUUUUGAUAUUGAAUGCGCUGGAAGGAAAGGAAUAUUUCCAGAACCUGAGCAUGAUCCAGUUAUUCAAAUUGCUAACAUGGUAAUCAGACAAGGAGAAGCUGAACCAUUUUUGAGAAAUAUUUUUACUUUGGAUAUUUGUGCACCAAUUGUUGGUUGUCAAGUAUUAAGUUUUGCUCGUGAAGAUUUAAUGUUACAAAAUUGGGCUGAAUUUAUUCGUCAGAGUGAUCCAGAUAUCUUGACAGGUUACAACAUCAAUAAUUUUGAUUUUCCGUAUUUAAUUAAUAGAGCUAAUUUUCUAAAAGUCAAAAAUUUUUGUUUUCUGGGAAGAAUUAAAAAUAUCAAAAGUGUUAUUAAAGAUCAAAUAUUGCAAAGCAAACAAAUGGGCAGAAGAGAAAAUAGAUAUGUGAAUUUUGAAGGUCGUGUGCCAUUUGAUUUAUUGCUAGUGCUUGUAAGAGAUUAUAAAUUACGUUCAUAUACUCUUAACGCAGUAAGUUAUCACUUUCUUCAAGAACAAAAGGAAGAUGUUCAUCAUAGUAUCAUUACUGAUUUACAAAAUGGAGAUGCACAAACUCGUCGACGUCUUGCAGUAUAUUGUUUAAAAGAUGCUUAUCUACCAAUUCGACUUUUAGAUAAACUUAUGUGUAUUAUUAUUUACAUGGAAAUGGCAAGAGUAACAGGAGUAACAUUGACUAGUUUAUUAACUCGUGGUCAACAAAUAAAAGUAGUUUCUCAAUUACUUCGUAAAAUAAGGGAAAAGAAUUAUUUAAUGCCGGUUCAUCAGGGUCAAGGUACAGACGAACAAUUUGAUGGUGCCACUGUUUUAGAACCUAAAAGAGGUUAUUACAAUGAUCCAAUAGCAACUUUAGAUUUCAGUUCCCUGUAUCCAAGUAUUAUAAUGGCUCAUAAUAUUUGUUAUACUACUCUGUUGUCAAUAGGAGAAAAAAAUAAAUUGAAUAUUAAUGAUGAAAGUAUCACCAAGACUCCAUCGAAUUCCAUGUUUGUAAAAAGUGAUGUAAGAAAAGGAAUUUUACCAGAAAUUUUGGAAAAUCUUUUAUCUGCAAGAAAGAAAGCUAAAUUAGAACUUAAAAAUGAAACAGAUCCAUUAAAACAAAAAGUUUUAGAUGGUCGUCAAUAUGCUUUAAAAGUUUCAGCUAAUUCAGUUUAUGGAUUUACUGGAGCUCAAAUGGGAAAAUUACCUUGUUUAGAAAUAUCAUCUUCUGUUACGUCCUAUGGUAGAGUAAUGAUAGAAAAGACCAAGCAAGAAGUGGAAGACCAUUAUCGUAUAGCCAAUGGUUAUGAAAAUGAUGCUGUAGUAAUUUAUGGUGAUACAGAUUCAGUGAUGGUAAAAUUUGGUACGAAAAAAAUUGAAGAAGCAAUGAGAUUAGGUAAAGAAGCUGCUGAAUAUAUAUCUUCUAAAUUUAUCAAACCAAUUAAACUUGAAUUUGAGAAAGUUUAUUUUCCUUACUUAUUGAUAAAUAAAAAAAGAUAUGCAGGCUUGUAUUUUACAAAGCCAGAUAAAUAUGACAAAAUGGACUGUAAAGGAUUAGAAACCGUAAGAAGAGAUAAUUGUCCUCUUGUUGCAAAUAUGAUCAACACAUGUCUCCAAAAAUUAUUAAUUGAGAGGAAUCCUGAAGAGGCAAUAGAUUAUGCCAAACAAAUAAUAAGUGAUCUUCUCUGUAAUCGUAUUGACAUUUCUCAGUUAGUAGUUACAAAAGAGUUAACAAAAACUGAUUAUGCUGCACGUCAAGCACACGUAGAAUUAGCAGCUAAAAUGAAAAAACGUGAUCCUGGAACAGCACCCAAACUUGGUGAUCGUGUUCCCUACGUAAUUACUUGUGCAUCUAAGGGAACUCCUGCUUAUCAGCGUGCUGAAGAUCCAAUUUACGUCUUAGACAAUAACAUUCCUAUUGACACAAAUUAUUAUUUAGAAAAUCAACUAUCAAAACCACUUAUUCGUAUUUUUGAACCUAUUUUGGGAGAUAAAGCUGAAUCAAUGCUUUUAAAAGGUGAACACACAAGAACAAGAUCCGUUGUUACUUCCAAAGUUGGAGCUUUAGCUGCUUUUACUAAAAAAAAGGAAGUUUGUAUUGGUUGUAAAUCAGUUUUACCAGCGGAUCGAGAAAAAAUGGCUUUGUGUGCUUAUUGUGAAAAUAAAGAAAUUGAAAUAUAUCAAAAUGAGCUUUAUGCUGCAAGGCGGCUUGAAGAAAAAUUUUGUCGAUUGUGGACUGAGUGUCAACGAUGUCAAGGCAGUUUACAUCAAGAAGUUUUAUGUUCUAGUCGAGACUGUCCAAUUUUUUAUAUGAGAAAAAAAGUUCAAAAGGAUCUAGAUGUACAAAUGAAACGUAUUGAUCGAUUUGGAAUUCCUGAUUGGUAAAAAAGACUUUUUUUUAAAAUAUUUUUUUUAAUUCAUAUGUUUGAUAAACUUUUGUAUCAAUUAAAUAAGAGUUUGAACAAUGAAAAAUAUUUCAUGUUCUAAUCAAU